AUGGACCUUGUAGCGUCUUUUCCGCACCUCUCAGCUGCAGAAUUCCAUACCGCCUGCACAACCUUAGUCGACUCCUUCAAUCUGCUUCAAGCUGCUUCUCACAAGGAGCACUGGACAGCAUGCACCCUAGAUUCACACGAGAGUCUCCUUCGAAUCAACAAAGAGUUUCCUGUUCCGUACCCCUCCGAGAGUCAUGUUCAGGAUAACGAGGACGCCGGACUUGAAGAAGAUGAUGAGGAAGCGCUUGAUCACAAGGAUGUCAAUACCCCACUAAUUCACUACGAUAUACUCCUCUCCCCAACCUACAGCGUGCCAGUGUUGUACUUCCACAUCUCCGACACACUGCACCGCUAUCCACCUACAAUGGACACCCUGUACAAGCACAUCAUCACUCAAGAGUACAUUGAUCAAACGAAAGACGUAGGUGUGCUGGGCGGUAUCACUAUCACUGAUCAUCCCAUCCUCAACCGACCCGUGUUCUUCAUCCACCCCUGCCGCACAGCAGAGGUGAUGGAGGCUAGUAUGGGUGGAAAGCCGGCAACGUCACUCGGGUAUUUGCUCAUGUGGAUCGGAGCUAUGGGAAAGAGUGUGGGAUUAGAUAUCCCAUUGCAGCUCAUUCUACAGGCGAAAAGAUGA